AUGGCCGCCUUCGUGCGAGUAUCAGGCCCCCCUAACGGCAACUUUCUAGUAGGCUAUCCGGGAAUCUCUGCAACCCUGCCGCGCAUCGAGGGCAAAGUAGAGAUUCGUCCCAGCGCAGGAAUCACCGCACCUGUCAACAUCUCCCUUGUCACUAUUUCCCUCCAGCGCCGGGAGACGAUCCACCCUUCAGCAGACUCGGUUACGAAGAAACACCUUGCGCCGCCCCGGAAGGAGAUCGUUGAUAUUGUUGGUAAAGAGAUGCUGCUCUUCCGCUGCCCCGCCGGUCGAGAAUAUGAAGAGGUCAUGUCGAUGGAUCUGCCGUUCGUCCUGUUUAUUCCCUACGGACGAGGCGGUCAGGAGGCGUCGAGACGAAUUCCUGCUGCGAGCCUGCAACUGCCCAGCCGAACCGCUGAGACAUACUACGAGAUGGUCGUGAUGGUACAGCAGGGCCAGUCGGAGCAGAGGAAAUAUUCUUUUCCCGUGCCAAUCACUAGAUACGACACUCUGUCGACGUUUGGGAUGUACAACCGACCCGAAACCGCGGAGAGAGUUACAGAUCACCUGGUCACCCUGGCGAUUUCUUUACCACGAUGGUCUUAUGGGCCUCUCGACCCCGUGAGCGUGUACGUGAAGCUGGCUCCGAAUCCGGAUUGGUUGAGCAAAGCGAAGAAGGUUACAAUCAACAAGAUUACGAUCGGGAUUGACGAGGAGAUCGUAUUUAACCACGAAGGGGACGAGCCUCAACGCAAGGUCAAGACCAUUGCCAAGCGGACAGAAAACGUCGGUGUGAAACUGCCAGAGCAAGGUUACCUUACGAAUCUCGGGCUGGUGUUCCCUGCAAAGGACAUGCGAGACGCCGACGGGAUUUUACCACGAGGGAAAGCGGCAUUUCCUAUGUAUGCGGUUAGCGCCUUUACGACCACAGCCACUCUGUAUAAGAUCGAGUAUUACCUGACGGUCAAGGCUCAUUUAACCUCGGCAAGGGACAUUGUUAUCCGACAACCUAUCGUUGUGUGUCCGCUCGAUCAUGCUGGAUGCAAAGAAGAAAUGGAAGCCAUCGAGCAAGCAGCGCGCGAUGCUGCAAUGAUUAACCCGGAAAACCCCAUGCUGCCGCUGCCGACGAUAGUCCGAGUCCACGACCCCAAUGCAUUACAAAGCCUAGGGGUGGCUAUUGUUGGAAACCAGAAGAAGCCGUUGAUCGAUUGA